GUAUUCGUGUUUUGAUCCGGGAGUAGAAGGAGGAGAGAAAGACGGAAGUUGGAGGCCGCGUUUACCUCAUCGUGAGGCACGGAAGAGCCCCGUUUCCUUGUCCUCUUGUGCCGUGAGCCACAGGAACCGGGCGUUGGGCAGCAUCUUUUCUUUUCUCAGGGAUCUGUUCGCGGGGGGAACGGAAUUGACGAAGAGGCUCCUGGCUUUCCGUCACAGCCAGGCUGCCUUGAGGGGAAGGGACAUUGAGGUUCGCAUCCUGGAAUCUUUUUUUUUAAGAAUCUGAAACAAGGGACUCCUUUUUAAUUUGGACAUGGCCAACCGAGGAGCAACUAGACCCAAUGGGCCCAAUGCUGGGAAUAAAAUAUGUCAGUUCAAGUUAGUUCUUCUUGGUGAAUCUGCAGUUGGCAAAUCAAGUUUGGUGCUUCGCUUUGUUAAAGGCCAGUUUCAUGAGUUCCAAGAAAGUACAAUUGGAGCUGCUUUUUUAACGCAAACGGUAUGUCUUGAUGACACAACAGUAAAAUUUGAAAUUUGGGAUACAGCUGGUCAAGAACGGUACCACAGUUUGGCACCAAUGUAUUACAGAGGAGCACAGGCAGCUAUAGUUGUAUACGAUAUUACCAAUGAGGAAUCUUUUGCAAGAGCAAAAAACUGGGUAAAAGAACUCCAGAGGCAAGCAAGCCCCAACAUUGUAAUAGCUUUAGCAGGAAAUAAGGCUGAUCUAGCUAACAAAAGGGCUGUAGAUUUUCAGGAAGCACAGUCUUAUGCAGAUGACAACAGUUUAUUGUUCAUGGAGACCUCAGCUAAAACAUCAGUGAAUGUAAAUGAAAUAUUCAUGGCAAUUGCUAAAAAGUUGCCGAAGAAUGAACCACAGAAUACGGGAGCUAAUUCUGGUAGAGGAAGAGGAGGAGUAGAUCUUACUGAACCAACACAACCAACUAAGAGUCAAUGUUGUAGCAACUAAACUUUCAGCUGCUUUAAA